AUGCAAAGUUCCAUAGUUGAACCUGAUGGUGGUCAGAUCGCAUUAAUAAAUCCAAAAACUCCUUGGGCUUAUGUUCCUUGUCACUGUAACGUUCAAAAAGAAAAGAGUGAAUCUUGGUCUCUAUGUUCUGCCUUUUGUCGAUGUUUUAGUCACGGCGAUGAUCGUGAUACUCAGACUGACUUAUAUGCACAUUUUACGAAUGGAGAAACGGCUGUUGCAUUGUCACAGGCACUUUUGUGCAUCGAUAAUCCUCAGAUACCAAGGGGACAAGUGAGUUAUCCGAUUUCUGAAGAAUUUAUUCUUGCGAACUGUCGUUGUCAGAAUGUCUUGGACCAACCACACGUUAUCAAGAGCACUCAAAUGUUGUUCCUGGGUUAUGACCUAUCAGCUUUACAAGCUAUUGAUAAUCAUAAAAAUUUAUCUUUGAAUCCAACACAGAACAGGAGUGGAGAGGACUCUGAGGACCAAAAAUGAAAUGUGUCAAGUUAUUUGGUACAACGAGACUGGAAAUUUGAGUGGAUCUGCAUUAUCAGGUAUUAGAAUCUCUGAUUAUAAUCUGCAUACCUGCAGUGAGAGUCAAACUGUAUAUCUGGCUAACCGGAAUUAUAAGUAGCUGUGAAGAUUAGGCGACACAACUAGCAACAAUUGAUACGGUGAGUCGUUGUGUACUCAGUAGGGUGAUUUUAUUUUUCGACUAUUUUUUGAAGCCCCCACCUAAAAUUUUGUUCAAUACAUCGCAAAAGAAAUUCUCGCAAAAUUUCAGCCCCUAAAAUAUUAAGGUCUGAAAAGUUAGGGAUACAAAUCAAUAAAUUUUGAGUACUUUUCCCGAGGGUGCAAAGAUUUUCUAUUGAAAAUACACGUAAAUUAGAAUUUUUUUUUUUCAAAAUUCUAUAAUUCUGCUGCAUUUUAUGAUAUCAUAUUAGUUUUGGUCGAAAUUUAUGCAGAAUUGAACGAUACCUCCCCAAACAACACCCUAGUACCAAUAUAUCUAGGCUGGUACUCAGACUAAACAAAAUUCCAAAUUUUGUACCUAAAACUAUUGAUUUUUUUGUUUCAAUAGUAUAUCAAAAAGUUCGCGAAUAAUUUAGGAACAGAUUAUGUACCCGGAAAUAUGCGAGCCUGAUAAUAUGCCACUUGUUAGAAGAAGUAGGCAAAAAAAUUCAUAAAAAGACUCUUCGAAAAAAAAUUCAUAAAAAAGGUAUAAAAAAUCGAUUCAGGAUUUCUCCCAUUCGAUGAUGAAUUCUAACGGAUACACGAAUAAUCCAUCGAUCCUUUAUCCACUGUGAAGUUUUAAGUUUCUGUGACUUGUGUGUGAAGCUGCUUCUCGGUAUUCGCAUUAUAAUUUCGCAUAAGUUGCUGGGGAUGCAUUUUUAUACACUCUACUCACGGGUGUAAAUUUUUCUGAUCAUUUUGAUAACUUGAAUAAGCUUUACCUUAUUUUACACAGCAAAUCCGAAAUAAAAUCGUUUUGAAUGAUCAAAUUUAUCAUCAGAUUUUCACGGUCGUGUACGGAUGUAUGUCAAAUUUUUAUAUUCGUAUCUUGUAAUGAUAUCUAACUGGCCAAGUCGACAUGCAAUUAUAAAAAUAAUGAGAUUUACGCUGGACAUUGUUCGAGUUGGCAAAGAUCUUUGGCAUUCAACAAUGAAAUCAAGGGCGUGCUAAAUCGUGCCUGACCAUACUCAUCUAUUGUAAUAUACCUUGAAAAAACGCUCGUGUACUUAUGACACCGCAUAUAAAUGAUGUGCUGCAACCGCGUAUACGAGUAAUGCAGCAAUGCUAUGAGUUUACAAUAUCGGUUUGCCCUCCUAAAUUCGAAUCCAUCCACUGAUCAUCGCCGUUGGCGAUUAAUAAUGAUGAUUACAUCCAUUAUUAUUACCAGUAUUAUUCAAAUUGGAUUAUCGAUCCUAAUUGAGUUUCAUAUUGUAUUGAAGCCGAAAAGCCUAUAGUUCUAAUUCCUAUACCUAAUGAAGAUCUUUACCUUGGAGACGAUAGGGCUUGCACCUAUGCUUGUACCUUGACAGAAACGAGAAAAGAAGCAAGUGCGUUUUGUAUAACGCUAUUUUGCAAAUAAGUCCAAGUGGCAGGAAAUUGCCGAAUUUCGAUCAUUCAAUGCUCAAAUAUUGCAUGAUACUUGUAUACGGAAUUAAUGAUUCUGAUCUAUAUUAGGAAUCAUACGUAUAAUUACUUCCUGAUUGGUAAUUAGAUGUAUGUACGCUAGUUUUUUGCAUCAAAUUUGCAGAAGGUGACCAAGGAACUGAUGAUAUCUGAGAAUACGAUCGAUCAAGCGUUAAUUAAGCGUUAAACGCUCAUGGAAUUAAAACAAUAAUUUUUACGUAGCCUAGAGCGGAUUAUGUCGGACAGGUACAGCCUUGACGGUAUGUGCAGAUCGUGCGUAAAUGAAUAACUGCCUAUAGCAUCUGUAAAUCCUGUACAUUGCCUCCUUAGUUUAAUAAACACGUUUCUGGAAGUCACAGAUAAGCUGUUAAAAUCAAAGAUUCGUACGCGAUAAAAGAUUGAAGUUGACUUUAAUUGCUAAAAGUUAUUAGCUAGUAAUUGAUUAUAUGUUUUGCACACGUCAUACGUGCAAAAAAUAUCAAGGUUCCAUUACACCAUAUCAUUACACGCACCGGAUAAUUAUAUAAUUUUGCAAUUAGACGGUUGAAAGUGUGAAUUUGUAAAGAUUGAGUUGUAAUCAUCAAUCAGGCGAAUACUUAAAAAAUAUCGUACCUAUACUCGUUCGAAACACGAACAAAAUUACUUUCCGUUUAAUUCUCCGUCAGAGUCUAAUUACUAGGCUUAUAUCUAUACCUAUUUCAAUUAUAUAGGAACCUUGACCAUCGUCCGCGUAAAAUAUUCGCACGCCAAUCGAUUAUAUUUGCAUUUGAUUAAUUCCGGCACUAUCUGUACGUGACUGAAAGGUCAGCGACUGAUAAUCAUUAUAAUAAAAUGAAACUGUUUGAGCGAGGAAUAAUCCAAUAACGGUCAACAAAUUUUCAAUUAUAAAUUAUCGGCCCAUGUCAAUACUUGACAAAGCUGUUAAGAAGUUGAAAGUAUACCUACGUUGCAAAUGAUUGAAAAAGAAUUGAAUAAUUUCAUACAUUAGACAUUGGUUUGAAACUUGUUUUUGAAAUUCUUGGCAUCCAAAUAAAUUUGAUACUUCUGUCUAUUAUAGUCACACCUCAUUGUCACUUCAUUCUGGUAAACAUCUGUGGAAUAAACGCGUAAUAUGUAUGAGGUAUGAGAUUGAUUCGAGUCUUGGAUGUUUGACAAGCAACUUGACCGAUUUACCUGAAAUAUGUUCGAUUAAAAAAUCAUUUAUUCACUAAAAAUAUAUCAUCAGACUUUUGAAAUUAACAGAAUAUAUUCUGCUUAUAUGUAUACGCAUCUAUGUAUAGCUAGAUCGUGAUCCCACGUUUAACACAGGGUUUUUUUGAUUGAUUCUUCUUUAACUUCCGUGGAAAUAAUACUUGUUUAAUCACAUUCAGUUGAUAUCGUUUAAUAGAAUGGAAAAAAAAGAAUUGUUAUAGUUUUUACUGAAUAAAUUAGGGACUA